AUGAAGAGCGAUCCUAACAGUUUAGAAAGGCUUCGCGAAAGAGAAAGACUGAAAUACAUGAAGAAAAAAGAAAAAGGACAGGUUAGACCUACAUCUAAUAUGAAUCCAAGAGAAAAAUGGCUAAAACGAAAGUCUUGGAAAAAAAAUAGCCAAACCUAUAGGGAUAAACAAGGUGUGCUGCGAAAGAAUUUAACCAGAUUGUUGGAUAUAACGCCACCUCCAAGCCCAGGGCCUUCUUUUCAAAAUGUUCGUGAAAAUAGGGAGGAGCAGCAGAGGGAGGAGCACCGGAGACUGUCGUCAAUCGCUCAAAGGAAAAGACAACUAAGACGACGUAGAGCAAUACUUUAUGCUAUAAUAUCGAAGUUACAAAAAUCUGUUGACGACGAAAGAAGGAAGGGUGAGAAGUUUCGCAAGAGAUACCAAAGAUUAGCUAAAAAGGUGCAGAGUUCUCCUGAAGCUAAAGUUUCAGAGCUACUAGAAAAUAUACAGGUGCCUGAUACCGUGAAGAAAAGACUAAUUUUUUCAGAGAAACGAUGGAAAAAUUUAAAGGAUCAAUACCGUAAAGAACUCAAAAAACUACCUGCACCCAGAUCAGGAGACCCAGGCGAUAACGUUCAGUCUACUUGGCAGUUUUUCUCUCAGAUGAAUUUUUUGCGAUUUGAAAUUCUACGUAAUAGUUCAGACACAAAUUUAAGAAUAAACAACGAUGGCGAUCAAUCAUCAAGUACAAUGUCGUUACCAUUGUUUUCACCACAUACAGAAAUAAAUUCACAGGAGUCUGUAAUUACGGAAACAGAUGUUCGUUCACCUACAGAAGAUGAUGAUGUAACUAUUGAGACUCCUACAAAUUCACAAUUGCUAAUGAAUGCUUCCACGUCUAGUUCUAGGCCCCGAAAACGAAAGACGGCAAACGAUAUUAGAACAGAAAUGUUAGAAUUGGAAAAAAAACGUUUAUUGUUAUUAGAGAAAGACAACAGAAUUCUAACGCAACACAGUCAAGUGAAAAUAAAUCACAAGACUAUUACUACUUGA